GAGAUGGAGGUGUCCAUGAUACCCGGCUCCGUGACGAAGGAGCAUUUCGAGUCGCAGCUCUUGCCUGGCCUGCGCGCUGCAGAUCCGCAGCCGCUGGUGGUGCCUUACUGCACCGUGGGCUACCGCUCUGGUGUCUACGCAAAGGAGCUCAUGGACAAGCACGGGCUGCAGAACGUGCGCAAUGGCGAGGGUGUGAUCAUGUGGACCUUCGACGGAAGCGGACUGGUCCGCCCAGCGAGCGGCGUGGCCGGGACGGUCGUCGGCAAGGCUGCCGAGGACGCCGGGGAGGCGCUUACGUCGGCAUGGCAGCCCGUCACCCGCGUCCACGUCUAUGGCAAACCCUGGGACAUGGCAGCGGAAGGAUACACCACAGAGUUCUUCUCCCAGACGGGAGGUGCAUGGCGCUUCCUGAAGCAGAAGUGCUCGAA